UUAACAAUGAUAAGAAAAGGGAGGAACGAUAAUGUUGCACCAGCACUUGCAUCCCUCGUUGAAAUAGGUGGGAAUGGGCUGGCAUGUCACAUUAAGACAAAAAUCGACAAAACAGCUCCUUUUUUUCUUUGUUAUUGUGCAGGUGUAGGAUAGAAACAACACGAGCGGGCGUCUUAACGUGCACCUCGUUCAUUCAGGUACUUUUUCCAAUUGUGAAUAUCUUGAAAGUAUGAAAUUAUAUGUGUUUUUAUUUUGCCACUUAAUUUCUAUAUUUAUGAUAGUUUAUUACGUAUGAAAGAACGAACAGUUUAGAGCUGAGAGUAUGUUUCUUUCUUUUUAAUGCAAUUUACACACAUUACCAUAUGUGGUCUAGCUGAACGAGACAUUGAUUCGUUUCUUGUCUGACUUUUCUGAUGAAAGACGAAGCGUGUUUUCUACUUGUGAUAUUGAAGGCUUUGAACCGACCCAUCUGCUAUAUAUGUCUGAUGAAAAAGUGUAUAUUUAUCAAUGUUUAUGUAUCUUUCGACACACUACUUAGGUGCUGCUUUAGUUUGUUUUAAGUGACCUCGUGCGAGCUUUUCCUACGUCAAUGCAAAUGUGGUGUUGGCCUUUAGUGAUUUUCGCAGAGCUGGUGAUCAGUGGUUGGAGAUGAGUUGCUCCUAUGAUGGAUUGGGAGGAUUGUAAAUGAGACAGUAGCGUUCAGUUAUUUCUUGUCUCCAUUACAUUCAUCAUGUUGAUUGCUGAGAGAUGAUGUCCUUGAUCUUAUAUGAGUAGAGUUUAGUUAUCUAUAUGCAUACUCCAAAUAUUAUUUUUUACCUCCUUCUUCAUAAUAAUGAAUAAAAAACACACAGACAUUUUGAAAAAUAAUACUAUUAGUAAAGAAAACAUUUAAUUAUAUAGUUAAUUAAGUUAAUAGAAAUCUCAUGUAAAUUACAUGAAACAGUUAUGAAAAAAACACUUCAGAAAUUUUAUUUUACUAUCUCAACUAUCAAAGUUUGUUUUAUCAAACUUAUACAGAUAGAAAUUAUAAUCUUAUACCUUAUAACUCGCAGGAACUUUUUAUAAGAAAAAGAAAGAAGUUAUCAUUCACACUGAUAACUAUGAUACUAUUCAUUCUACUAUUAUAUUUUUUCGACAAAGACUAAUCAUUCUACUAUUUCAAGUCAGUUUAUGCAAUGCUUUUAAAACUUUUUAAAAAGGAAAUUAUCAGAUUUUAUUUAUCAUCAAGCCAGUUUUUGUCUUAUUUACCUAAAAACACAAUCACUAUUUCAUAUGUUUACUUCUGGUUAUUAGUUAUUUGAUAAGGUUGAUUUCAUAUUAUGGAAAUGCAUUAUCUCUACGAUAUUAAUUAAUCAUGAUUCAUAUCUUUUCAAAAUAAUUAAUUAUAUUUAACCAAAAUUUUAAAUAGUUGUGUGAUUCAUUACUAAAUCUUUGGUAAGAAAAUAAAAGUGUAAUAUAAAAUAGCCAAAAUUGUACAUGUAAUCUGGUCAAAGAGAUUGCAACUAAUCUCUCUCUCUCUCUCUCUCUCUCUCUCUCUUCCUGUCUGAUUUUAAAUACAGAGUCUUGUCCGACUUUUAUUUUUUUUAAUAAUUGACACAGGAUUUGAUCGUACCGAACGAAAGCGAAGAUUCCAUUGACGAAUCCGAGAAGGCGAGAAGGUUCGAAGCUCAGUGACGAUCAUCGUCACCCAAUUUGACUCAAUUCACUUUUUGAGGUUUCCGUAAUUCUCUUUUUUCAACACAAUUUGUCUCAAGUUCGGUUUUUUAGACGGGUUUCAGAAUUUGGGGAAAGAGAUCCAUGAUUGUGUUCGGUUAUAGAAUAAUUGAUUUGGUUUGAUACUAACAAGACAGGAGACAAACCAUCUUCGUUGAAUAAAACAAAAGAUCCAAAGGAGUUUUAAUUUUUGUGUGUUUAUUGAUGGGAGAGGAGAUUUCAAGCAGAGUGAACCUUGAUUUGAAUCUGGGUCCUGGCCCUGAGGUAACGAAUGCUUCUGCUUGGGGUAAUGGACCAUUGAAUGGAGAAUCUGAACCUCUGAGAAGGUUUUGGUCGAGUUUAAGACAGGUAGAUGUUCGUCAGGUUCCUCCUGGGGAGACUCAUAGCCCAUUGAUAGAGUUGAGUCAGUUAAUCAUCCCCUCUGCCUUACCAGCUGGCGAGGAGGAGUCUAAGAAGUGCGAGAACGGGAACAAAGUGAUUGAAGAAGACAGUGUGAGAGAGGAGAAGAGAGUUGUUGAGAAGAGCGUUGGAAGCGAAGGGAGCUUUUUCGAUUGCUAUGUGUGUUUGGACUUGUCUAAAGAACCGGUUGUAACCAACUGUGGACAUCUCUUCUGCUGGUCUUGUCUUUACCGGUGGCUACAGGUCUCGGAAGCGAAGGAGUGUCCUGUUUGCAAAGGGGAAGUAUCGGUGAAGACCUUGACUCCAAUCUAUGGCCGUGGGGAGAAGAACAAAAGAGUCUCUGGAGAGGGGGGUUCAGACAAGAACAAGAAGAUCCCAUCAAGACCUCAAGCGAGGCGUGUGGAGAGUCUGAGGACUACUCUUGAGAGGUCAGGCUAUGUAGGGACGGAAGGGAUUAGACAAAGGGAACCUAGGACAGGAGAAACACCAGCUAGACAAUUUCUUAGCCGGGUUAUGACUUCAAGAGGAGUUAGAGCAGAGCAGAACCAGUCUAGUGCACCAUUGGUGGCGGCACCGUUAGAUGAUUUUAGACAGAUGGGGGCAGCCAUCAUCCAGAGGCAGAUGAUGCAGGCAGCAAGAUUGACGGUGCCGUUUUCUCCUGUGUUGACUGCUGCUGAGAGAUUAGAGGAUGCUUAUUUGAUGAGGCAUACGUUUGAUGAGCAGCUCAACAACGUUCCUAGUGUUGGUGGGGAGGACAGAGAUUCGUUCUCAAGCAUAAUUGGGGUGAUGAACUCAGAGAGUCAAGUUGAUACUGCAGCUGAGAUUGAUUCUAUGGUGACUGUUUCGACUUCUUCAUCUGUGAGAAGGCCACAUGAGAACAACGGUUCAAGGGUCUCUGAUGUAGACAGUGCAGAUUCUCCUCCACUGAGGAGGAGGAGAUUGGCUUAAGAGUGGUUUACGACUUUCAUGCAAUUUUAAUUGUUUUUGUUUAGUUUAGUUUUAUUUUUUGGAUUUUGGAUUUUUGAAUUUUUUGGUUUAUGCUUAGGGAUGAUUAUUGAGUCAAAAAAAUUUAAUAAUAUAGUCAACCGCUUAUAUAUAAAAUAUAUCUGUUCAGAUUA